CCCAAACCCACAAAGAACUGGUCCACAUUCUCAUCGUGAGUGAAGUGACACGCACCAGACAGACAUACUUGACACACACCGACUGAAGAAGCUAAGCCACUGUCCCUUCCCCGCCGGCCUGGUCUUUUCCCUCUACCAGCCAUUCGAAAGGACACAUCUGCGCGGGAGACACACCGAUGACCUCCUGAAUGACGGCACGUGAUGGCACCACGCCGAUAUCUCGCUCCAACCGUUUGUUAAAGUUCACCUCCUGUCCUUGAUCACCGUCACGGCACAGCCAGGUGCCACGAAAGUAGACCCUCGCUGCGCCCUCGUCUGGCGCCAGCGAUGCGAGCGCUUCAGACAAACUGCGCUUGAUGAUGUCGACGGAGCCUCUGUCGGGGCCCGUCGCUCCCUCCUUGCACGGGCCGCCGUAGAUUGUCGUCAAGCUGCCGUACUCGGUCACAAAGACGAAGAAGCUGAAGCCGUGGAGAGUUGAGUAUAUGGGCUUGACAAAAUAAGAGACGUAGCGCUCUCCUGCGAGUGUCGGGUCCAUCUUCUGGUGGAACUCGGUGAUGAGAUCCUUAAGCGUGUCCGGCUCCCUUGCAGUGAUGACGCCCCCAAACUUGCAUCCAUCGUCGACUGCAUCAGGGACCAGCUGGCCUGCCGCCCUGCUCAAGUAAGUGACGGUAUCGAUGGCUCCGAUGGCCUUCAAGUGACUGUAGAGGAGUCGGAGGAGCACCCCUGCGCCGGCAACGCCCUCCCAUGGAGGUUCCCAUCGCCCUCAAUGGCUGUUUGAAUGACGUCUCGAGCAAGGUCCGCAUCAAGACGAGGGGCUUCCAUAGCUAUAAAGGGCUCUCGAACCCUGUCUGGCUGCGGCGGCUCGUUGCUGUAAAAGAGCGUCAGCAAGCCAGGAGCCCGCCCAGUCCAGGAGACGAUACCAGCGUGUGUGCCUGAGCAGAUGCCGCUCUCGAUCACAUCGGAGAUUCUCUCGACCCUCGGGAUUUGCGGUUUGUACACGCCGCGGAAGCUGAAGCUCGAGUAGUACCUCCGGAGACUGUUCCCGAGUGCGGCGACGUGGCUCGAAAACACAAAGUAACGCUGCCGCUUGUUCAGAAAGUGCUGAAGAACAUAGUCAGCCAGCUCCUUUGCCAAUGGCUCUUCCUCGAACACAGUGUCUGGGGGGAUGCGCCGGUUGAGUUCGUCAACAAAGAGGACCAGAGGGUCGCUGCCGAGCCACUCCUCCAUAGUCCUACGGCUGACGGAG